AUGCCAGGCGCAAGAGUGCACCGUUUGUACGAGGAUGCUGCAGAGCGGAUUCUAGAACAGGAUCCCUCAGCCGAUCUGGCCAUGGUCGGAUUUCCGACAAGCUGGAGAGAAGCAGAGCUGCAAGUCUGCGUUGGUCCCGUCUGUGACUGUGACAGACUGCGGCUUGUCAAGGAUCACAGCGGCAUUUGGGUGUGCAUAGUACAGACGAGCAGCAUUCCCGCACUCCUCGCAGCACGGCUUAGAACCAGCAAUCUGGCAAGAGAAGGACUUCGUGUCGUGUUGGCAACCAGGAAGGAUUCCGUGCAUGAGGUCCCCAAGGCACUGUCACAGCAUCAGUUUCAAGCUGAAGAGCGGGGAGCCCUCCAUGGCCUGAGGUCGCAGACAGAGCUGAAUGGCAGUCCGUGCAGUAUCGUAAGAUACGACCAGGAGUCUCGCCGAUGGCUUGUCCGUCUGGACAUAGAAUCAGAGGACAACGAAAUCCUGGUGUCAGCUGCGAAUCUUCUCCCGCUCUGGUUACCGGAGCAGGCAGAGUCUCUCGCAGAAGACAAAGCAGAGAGCAUGCCCAGGGGCGCGGAAAGUGAUGGAGCCGAUGCAAAGAGCACUGCGGCAGAGGACAAGACCAAAAGAUCAGCUGAGGGACCAGGACAAAGAAAAGCGCAAGAGGCCGACGGCGAUGCUGAAAUGGAAGCUACUCCAUCUGCACCUGCUUCCAAGGCGAAAGCAGGGAAGGGGACAGUCAAGAUGUCUCAUGCGCUUGUCGUUACUGGAUUUCCACUCUGGGAUCUCCAACAGAUCACCCAGUACUUCGCUCGAUUCGGUGAGCUACGCACCAUCUUGGGUGCGAACAAAAACAAAGGUGGCAAGAGGAAGCUGCUUGUGGCGUACUGCCGCAAAGUCAAUGCGAAAAAGAGCCAACAGCACGUCCAUGGAGCAGAGAUCGACGGAAACAAGCUUAGCGCGGUCUUUGCAGAUGACUCCAGCUUUGCAAGGCAGCAGGAAGCAAAAGCUGCGGCAAGGCCAAAGAACAACUCGUAA